AUGUCAGAGGACCAGGAUGUCGCUCUUACCCAAAUCAAAGACGAGGAACACGGCGUCACAGAAAAAAUUUCCAAAGAAGACAUUCCCGAGGAAAAUGUCACCCACCAGGAUACUCCUGGGAAACAACGAGUGGUGAUUAUCCUGCUUGGAUUAGGGUUGUCUGUGUUCCUUGCUGCGCUUGAUAUCACCAUCGUCUCUACCGCUUUACCCGAAAUUGUCGCUCACUUCAAGGCCUCUGAUUCUGCUUACUCAUGGAUCGCAUCGUCCUAUCUCUUGGCGAAUGCCUCAUCCGUGGGUUUGUGGGGAAGGCUGAGCGACAUCUGGGGCCGAAAGCCUAUUCUUAGUAUUUCCAUCAUACUCUUCCUAGGUGGAAGUUUAAUUUGCGCCCUGGCAAUUAAUGUCAAUAUGUUGAUCGCCGGCCGUGCCUUGCAAGGUGUGGGCAGUGGUGGUAUCACCGUGAUGGCCAAUAUCUGCGUCUCCGACAUGUUUGAUGUUCAGAGGCGAUCUGCCUACCUGGGUAUCUUUGGUGCGACGUGGGCUAUUGCAGGUGCUGUUGGACCUGUCAUUGGUGGUGCUUUUACCUCGUAUGUCACCUGGCGAUGGUGCUUUUAUAUCAACUUACCCGUCGGCGGUGUCGCUUUUCUUUUCCUGAUGUUUUUCCUGAAGAUCGAUACCACGAAGAAGGAUCUUUUGGAUGGCCUCGCCUCGAUCGAUUGGAUCGGUGUAGGCCUCGUCAUUGCCGGAACGAUCAUGCUUCUCCUCGGUUUGGAAUUCGGAGGAGACCAAUUCAGCUGGUCGUCGGCCACAGUCAUCUGUCUGAUCGUUUUUGGAGUCGUCGCCUUAAUUCUUUUUGGCUUCUAUGAGCGGUUCCCCUCCUCCCCAAUCAUCCCGUUGGCCGUUUUCAACAGCAGACAGAAUUUCACUCUUCUCCUUGUGAACUUCUGCCACGGUGCUGUCUUCAUUGGCGGCUGUUUCUAUCUUCCAGUCUACCUCCAGAACGUCCUCCUAGAAAGCUCCUUGAUGAGUGGUGUCCUUCUUCUACCCUUGGUCGGAGCACUGGCUAUCUCGUCCGGUCUAGGAGGCUGGUACUUGCGAGCAACUGGACGAUUCCGGGAGGUCAUCAUCUUUGGAAUGUUCUUCACAACGCUUGGAUAUGGACUUUACAUGGAUUUGAAGCCCUAUGCAUCCUGGCCGCGCAUCGUCCUGUAUCAGAUGAUCGUUGGUGUUGGAUUAGGUCCCAACUUUCAAGCAACCUUGAUCGCCCUCCAGGCUAACGUGCUGACCUCUGAGAUGAGUCAGGCGACGGCAGCGUUUUCCCUUAUUCGUCAAUUGUCUGCCUCUAUAUCUGUGGUCGUUGGAACAGUGAUUUAUAACCAUGAAGUCGCCGUGAGGAAGGCUAGGUUGGUGGCGGCUCUGGGAUACACUUUUGGAACGGAGAUCGUUGCUGCGUCAACUGCCACAUCUAGUAUCACCAAGGAACUACCCGUUGAUGAGCGGCAAAUCGUUUUCGACGUUGUCAACAAGGGCCUCUCGUAUGUUUGGCUGCUUUAUCUUUGUAUAUCGGCCUUCGGCUUGAUUCUUGCCUGCACACUACGGAACCUACACAAACAAUCAUCGUGA